AUGGCGCACACCACGACGGCCUCGGAUCGCUUAGCGCACAUCGUGUACGCCCUGUACGGCCCUUCGCAUGGCCGCCACCUCGAGGUUUGGAAUCGCACGUGGCUCAGCGGCAAAAAGUUUGUGUACGUGCCGGAUGCUCCGAAGGGUCCGUUCGCCGCCAACUUCCGGGGCGUGCACGCGCGGGAGAAGCGUGGCGCUUCGAAUCCCGCAUCGCGGUACCGCUUCAUCAGCGAUGCCAACAUGCUAUGGGCUGCGCACAUCGCCAACAUGAGCUUCCCGACUGCCCGCUGGAUCAUGGUCGUCGACGCAGACACCUUCUGCUUUGACAGGACGCUUCGCGCGCGAACCCGCUCUUUGGAGUGGAGGCGACCCAUCGCCAUUGGCAUGAUGGGCGGAUUCGGAAAGGCGUACGGCGGCGUCGUCAGACGUAGCGACGCUUCAUGCGAGAGCGUGUGCACCAAAGAGAACGGCGACGGAAACUACGAGCUGCGCUUGCAGUCACCUGCGAUGCGCGGCUGCUGCAUGUGCCCGGUCCUGCCCGCUGCCGACUCGUUUGCUCUCUCGCCAAACGGCACGGCGUACUACCGUCCGCCGCACUUUGAUCCGUACGGCGGGACGGGCAUCCUGCUCUCCAGAGGGCUGCUCGAUGCCAUCCCAUCCGCUGACUGGGCUCUGUGCACGCGGCGCUUGGUGUGCGGGUCUGCGGACUUCCGACUGAACACUUGCAUCAGCAACUUGCACAACGGCACGCGGUAUCUGCACGCCCACGAGAAUUUUGACUUCAUGAGUGCAGCACUGCGCGACGCGAUCAGCCCCGUUGAGAACAUUCGCUACAAUGUUUUCUGGAGCACGAUACACAAGGACCCCGUUCGUCGGCCAAUGGUGCUCGACCAUUUUCGCAAUGGAUCGUGCCCCUGGAGCAUGCACAAAUUGCAGCUAAACCUCGCGCCGCAGGUCUACGACCUCGCUAGACAUUGUAUGUAG